CCCCAUGGUCGGGUCACCGAGGGCAUGUACAGGGUCAUAUUGCGCAACACAUAGGAACCGCCGGCAGCUAAAGUGUAACAAUGAAUCCGGGGUCAUUCUUCACAAUUACUCACCUUCUGAGGAGUACAGUAGGUCUCAUGGGCAGGAAACAGAAGGAAGAACAAAGCGAGGUAAGCUUUUUGCGGGUGAUAGCGCUGUGAGAUUUGCCAUGCCGUUUUGGGGAAGAGGACUCAACACAAGGUCUGCUGUUACAGACUCGACAAACAGUGCAUCAUGAUGAAGUCAACAAAGACUCCCACACCGAUACUCCCGAACUUUGAGGACUGCGAAUGGACCCCGAGUGUGGCACAUCUCUUCCGGCGUCACUUCUUCCUCCAAACACCCAUGUACUUCUUACGGUGGCUCUACGCUGUGUUCUACUCCCUCUACCUGCUCUUUGUGCUGAAAGCUCCCACCGACGCGGACAUGGCUUGGGCAGUGGAGAACACGUCUUUAUGUAUGCUGAUACGUCCUGCUAGUAACGGCAGAUCGGACGAAUAUUAGAUCACUGUUGACGACUGCAAGCUGCGCGCCACUGGCGGAUUUCAGCUGAACAACAUGUCGAUGCGGUACAAGAAGGGAGAAGAUGGCGUCAAGAUUCUACACUUCACUCGCAACGGAGAGGAAAUCACCGACAUGUCCCAAAUCUUUUCUUUUUGGUUCUUUUAUGGGACUCUUUCUUCGCACGCCAACUGUCAUCUAUUCUCCAAUAGCUUGGUCCGACACAUCGUGGACAGGGAUUUAAAGACUCUCCAAGAGUCGACCUACACGUCCAUACCCUUACACUACGGACUUCUGCAUUCCCCCAUCAGUCCCCUGCAAAGUGACGGAAACGUGUCGAGUUUUCUGGCGGUCGGAGUAGUCGGCACAAGGGAGAGCGUGAUGAAAGAAAGCAAGAACAUGAGCGCAUGGGAGGGGCACCAGUCCGGCCGCCGCUGGGACUUACUCGGACAGGAGAGUCUACUCUACAAACUUUUCCGGUCCAGGCGAGCGCUGCAGGGCGUCAUGAAGCGCCACGAGGUCGACCAGAAGUUGUUGGAGCCGCUUUUUAACCACAUCGUCGUCCACUCUAUGGAUCACCACGGUGCCUACAAGUCGUCUCACCUGAGGUUUUCCCUCCAUCCAUGUGAUACAGGAUGUACCACCUACCAGGCCUUCAACACCAACAUGUUCCGCGUCAUGCUCGUCAGACCCAACCUCAACCCGCUGGCUCCCAACACUCUCCGCUCCAUCAACAAGCCGUUCUACCAGGACCUGUACCGGGAACUGAAGGUACAUUGGGGACAUUGUUGGGUAUGUAUGUAUAACAGAAUCUGGCUAUGUUGUGAGGAAAAUGUUACCUUAGAUCUCUAUCGAUCAUUUAGGCAAUAUUUGAGGCAGAAAUCAGGCCUUACACAUUAAGGCAAUAUGGCAUUAAGGCAAUAUGUGUGACCAGACCUCAUACAAGUGACAAAAUGUCAUUCCAACACCAAUCCAUCCCUUUAAAAUAUGCUUGUCCUACGAUGUAUGAAAAGGUAGCAAAUUGUACCCUAUAGACAUGCGUACAACCAGGAGUUUUCAUCCUACAGAAACUUUGAAGAUGAAUGUCCUAUAAACAGAUGACUCGUAAAUGAUUCUGAUUUUAAAAUGCCACAAAAUGGAGAUGAUUUAAGAAUAGCUCAGUAAAUGAAUUUUUAGAACAGCAUCUAACUUGGUCAAUUUCUCCGGAACAGAUUUUAAGUGACUUUUUGUGCUAUGGUAUAACGAAAAUAACGGCAUGGUUGACGAGACAAGAAUACUCUACAUUUUUUCCCGGAUACCAUGGCGGCCAUUUUAUAAGAAAAGUGCAGUAAAUGUUUUAGUAAGAAAUGUGUAUCAGUGUAGUAUAAUGAAUGAAUAAAGGAAGAACCUUUA